AUGCGGGGCGCACGGGAACCCGAGCCACGAGCCACAUUGUGGCUGCCCUUAGCAACGCUUUUUUCGAAUUUUUAUUUCAUUUUGGACGUGAAGCAACUUUUGAGCAGGGUCGGUCACGAAGCAAGUAAAACAAACGUUAACAUUUAUUUAUACAAGACACCAAGUUCAGUUGCCUACAUCCUUUGCACACACACGCCUCAAAGACACGGCAUCUCAACUCUCACAACCUCAUUCCGCCCCCCCCCCCCCCCAAAACCCACUCCCCGCAACAUGGGCAAGUCAAGGCGAAACAGAGGCGGCCAAAGCCAUCGCAAGGACCCCAUCGCCAAAUCCGUCAAGCCGCCCUCCGACCCCGAGCUGGCAGCCCUUAGGGAAAAGUCCAUCUUGCCCGUCAUCAAGGACCUGCAGAGCUCCGAGCCCAAGUCGCGCGCUGCCGCUGCUGAGGCCGUCUCAAAUAUCGUCUCCAACGAAAAGUGCCGGAAGUUGCUCCUGCGCGAGCAGAUCGUCCACAUCGUUCUCAAUGAGACUCUCACCGAUGCGAGCCUAGACAGCCGCGCUGCCGGAUGGGAUAUCCUGAGGCUCCUCGCCGAGGAGGAGGAGACCGACUUUUGCAUCCACCUCUACCGUCAAGAUGUCCUCAGUGCUAUGGGCUUUGCUUCCCAGACUAUCCUUGAGAACCUCGCCAAGAGUUCCACUUUGACCAAGGGGGAGCUGAAGAUUACUUGGGCAAUCACCGAGUCUGUUGUCGCCCUCUUGUCCGCCCUGGCUGAGGCCCAGGAUGAGAUACUCGAAGCCAUUGUUGGCAUUGAGGGCAUCAAGAACCUCCUUUUCGCUAUCAUCGCUUACGCCGACUCACCCUCGAGCAUCUGCCUCGAUUCUCUGUCCGCUCUCCUGACUCUGUCCGAGGACAACACCCGUCUCGCUCAGGACAUUGUCGCCGACGAGAGCCCCAAGCCGCUUACGGCCUUGACCAGAUUGCAAGGCGUGUCUGGUGCCAAGGGUGUUUUGGCAUGCGGCGUCCUGCACAACAUCCUCGCCACAUUGCAAUGGUUCGACGGGACGCCCGAGCAAAAGAGCCUGUCUGACGCUUCCCUGAUACCGACCUUGUCUUCGGCACUCAAGGAAGCCAAGCAGGAGUCUGACCUGCCGCCCAAGAGUCAAUGGUCUAACCCGACAGAGGUUCUCCAGCUGGCAUUGGAGAUCCUAGCUGAUAUCGGAACAACCCUCCAGCAGUCUAUGCGGGGCGACAGCAAGAAGGGCGGAGAGGAGUGGAAUGGCAUCGGCGAUGAAGACGACACGGCUAUGGACGAGGACGACAAAGAAAUGGAUACGGGUUCCGGCGAUGAGGACAAUGCCGAGGAUGACGAGGACGAUGAGGACGACGAGUCAAUGGACGAAGACGCGCUGCAGGCCGACAUGGACCUGGUGACUGGCGUUGACGAUGACGACGACGACGAGGGGAGUAUGGAUGACCUGCCGACCCUGCGCGAACUGGUACAACAGGCCAUUCCACAGAUCAUCACCCUGGCGACCGCAUCCUCGCACUCCGAGGAUGCCAUGCAGCUCCAGGCGCAUGCUUUGUCCACCCUCAGCAACAUCGCCUGGUCGAUUUCCGUCUUUGACUUCUCCGAGGAUCACAACGAAGCCAUCCUGAAGGCCUGGACGCCCUCCGGCAAGGCCAUCUGGGGCAAGGUCAUUGUUCCCAUCCUGGCCGCCAACACCGCCGACGUCGAGCUGGCGACCAAAGUGACCAGUCUCGCGUGGGCCGUCUCUCGAAGCCUGCCGGGAGGCGUUCCUCUGGGCGGCGACGAGCACAGCAAGUUCAUGGCCCUCUACCACGCGACCAAGAACAUUACCCAAACGGAAGUGAACGGUGCUGCCAAUGGAGACAAGUCCAAGGACGAGGAGCCCGAAGACCCGUUCCAGGGUCUCGGCGUCAAGUGCAUCGGCGUCUUGGGCCAGCUGGCGCGCGACCCGGCCCCUAUCGCGCUGAACAGGGAGAUUGGCGUCUUCCUCGUCACCGUUGCCAACGCCCUGCCCGAAGUCCCGGCCGCCGACGCCAUCGAGGCCCUGAACCAGCUGUUUGACAUCUACGGCGACGAGGAGCUGGCAUGCGACAAGGAGGUCUUCUGGAAGGACAAUUUCCUGCAGCACUUCGAGGCCGCCCAGCCCAAGGUCAAGGCCUUGGUGAAGACCAUUGACAAGAGAACACAGCCCGAGCUGCGUACUCGCGCCGACGAGGUGGUCCUGAACCUCGGGCGGUUCAUUCAGUACAAGAAGAAGAAGCAGCCUUGA